UAUGUUUACAGUAGUUAUAAACAAGAUUUCCCUUGCCUGAGGUCAAAGUUGUGAGGCUGAAGGGAGGAGUUUAGAGGGUUGAAACAUGGCGGACAAAGAGAAGAAGAAGAAGGAGAGUAUAUUUGACUUGUCGAAAUACAUCGAUAAGACCAUUCGAGUGAAGUUUCAGGGUGGGCGAGAAGCCAGUGGGAUCCUGAAAGGUUUUGACCCCCUGUUGAACCUGGUGCUGGAUGGCACUAUUGAGUACAUGAGAGACCCUGAUGAUCAGUUCAAGCUGACCGAGGACACCAGGCAGCUGGGGCUGGUGGUGUGCAGAGGGACCUCUGUGGUGCUCAUCAGCCCUCACGAUGGCAUGGAGGCAAUUCCUAACCCCUUCGUUCAGCAGCAGGACGGUUAGCGGGUGUGUGGAGCCACCCCUGUCCCAGCGAUCACGGCAGAGUGUAACAUUCCGGCAAAAAACAUCUCCCUCUUUUCUCACUAGUUAUCAUCCAGGGAUAUCAACCAACCAAAUCCAAUGAACACCUAGUGUUCCUUCACAAAAUCCCUUAUUGUAUUCCAUCCUGGUAAACACAGUGUUCCCUGGAUUUCAGUCCCAAAGGGAGACCUGCUCUUCAGUGUGCUAAAACCGGAUAUCCAAUAGACAUGCGUAAAGCGGUCCUGGGGAAAUUAUGUCCAGUUUUCCAGUUCGAGUCUAAACUGCUUUAAAUCUCCCAUCUUUAAACCCAAGUAAAAUAGACUUAAAACGCUGCCCUUUCCAUCAACCUUUUGUUAUUUGUUUUUUAGUUUUUUCUCAUCAGAUAUUUGUGCAUUUAGAUCUACAUACCCCAAGGGAUCUCUUGGAUGGUGGGAGCAAAAUCCUAUAGCAAUACCUGUAAAGAAUUGUAUUUUUUGUAGUUUACACCCCUGGUGAUUUUUGCUUGAUGAUGUGGAGGUGAGCUGGCGAAUAACCAUGUAGAUACGCGUGCAGUUACGUUGGGUUUACAAGAGAACUCGUUAAGCGUGGUAUAAAUAUUUGAAUACAAGGCUUCAGUUAUGUGUGGGCAGGCUCGGCUGGCAGACCGUGUGUUUAGUUUGUGAUUGCUGACGGAAGCAAAAUUGAAAAGGGUUAUCGUUUGCACAGUCUGCUUGAGCCCAGUGAGAAUUUUUUUUUGAACUAUUUUAGUUGUUUCAAUAUUUUGUAAAGAAACUGGACUCUUCAAUAAAAUAAAUAAAUACA